AGGCAGUCGUCGGGAUUGCGCCGCCUGCUGAGACCUGCCCAGUCCUUCCCGUCUGUGCCAGGAGCCCAGUCCUGGAGCAUAGGGGCGGCUCUGCGGGGGCUGUUCUAGCAGCAUGGUGUGGGCUCGGUCGGCCCUCAGUCCCUGCGUGCUCUGGGCUGCGGCCUGGGGAGUCUUGCUGCUCGUGGCCCCCGCAGGGGCGCAGCGUGGCCGGAAGAAAGUCGUACACGUGCUCGAGGGUGAGUCAGGCUCCGUGGUGGUGCAGACAGCUCCAGGGCAGGUGGUCAGCCACCGGGGUGGCACUAUCGUCUUGCCCUGCCGUUACCACUACGAGGCAGCCACCCACAGCCACGACGGCGUCCGCCUCAAGUGGACUAAGGUGGUGGAGCCGCUGGCCUUUACCGAUGUCUUCGUGGCGUUGGGCCCCCAACACCGGGCUUUUGGCAGCUACCGAGGGCGGGCCGAGCUACAGGGUGAUGGCCCUGGGGACGCCUCCUUGGUUCUCCGAAAUGUCACGCUGCAGGACUAUGGGCGCUAUGAAUGCGAGGUCACCAAUGAACUAGAGGAUGACACCGGCAUGGUCAAGCUGGACCUGGAAGGCGUUGUCUUCCCUUACCACCCCCGAGGAGGCCGCUACAAGCUGACCUUCACGGAAGCUCAGCGCGCAUGCGCUGAGCAGGAUGCCAUCCUGGCGUCGGCGGAGCAGCUGCACGCGGCCUGGCGCGAUGGCCUAGACUGGUGCAACGCGGGCUGGCUGCGCGAUGGCUCGGUUCAGUACCCGGUGAGCCAGCCCCGGGAGCCCUGCGGCGGCCUAGGCUGGCCCGGGAGCGCAGGGGUUGGCAGAGGUGCCUCGGGGGGCGUGCGCAACUACGGCUACCGCCACAACGCGGAGGAACGCUACGAUGCCUUCUGCUUCACGUCCAACCUCCCGGGGCGAGUGUUCUUCCUGAAGCCGCUGCGGCCCCUGCCCUUUUCUGGAGCAGCACGCGCAUGUGCAGCUCGAGGCGCGGCGGUGGCCAAGGUGGGGCAGCUGUUUGCUGCGUGGAAGCUGCAACUGCUGGAUCGUUGCACCGCAGGCUGGCUAGCAGACGGAAGCGCGCGCUACCCCAUCGUGAAUCCUCGAGCGCGCUGUGGCGGCCACCGGCCGGGAGUGCGCAGCCUCGGGUUCCCUGACGCCACACGCAGCCUCUUCGGUGUCUACUGCUACCGCUCGCCCGGAGUGCCUGACCCUGCACCCGGAGGCUGGGGCUGGGGCUGGGCGGGAGGUGGCGGCUGGGCCGGGGGUGCACGCGACCCCGCUGCCUGGACCCCACUGCGUGUCUAGGGCCAGGGUAUGGACGGCUGGGGAGCUUGGCGGCUGGCCAAGUGCCCUGCUGUCCCCUGGAGACGGAUCACGUCCCCUGCAGUAUUCUGCAGGCUGACCAGGCUCUGUGGUCUUUGAACACUGACCAUACCCCUAAAACUGGCCAGUUUCGGGGGGACAGUCCCCUGGAGACAAGUCCCCUGGAGUCUCCUGGACACUAACCAAGUCCCCCUUUCUUGGAGAGAUUUCCCCUACUCCCCUGACUUUCUCUAGGAGACCUGACAUACCUUGAGGACCCCUGGAGGCCAACAGAUUCUGACGUCUCCUGAAGACUACUCCUCCAGAGGUCACCUGGACACAGAUGGAACCAUCCCAGAAGUCACCUGGAGGCUGGACCCCCAGGAUUAUCUGAAGACUGGCCACACACCUUCUGUAUCUCUCUGGAAACUGAAGACUUAACAGUCACCUGACAACUGAACCACCCUCCCAUCACCUGUAGAAGAACUAGAAAUCACAGAAUUAGACAGGUGAUCAUGCCCUCAUAGUCACGUGGAGACUGUAGGCUCCUGUCCUCUCCCCACUGUGACCUGCUGAUUGGAUAUCCCCAUUCUUCCCCCCUCCCUCUGGAGUCCCCUGAAAUUUCCAUAGUAACAGACCAAGUCCUCAGGUCACUGUGGAGAACAGCCCCAUCUCUCUAGUUUCAGGGGAGACCACCCUUUGUCAACACUCAGACAGAUCGACACACCCCAGCUGGGUCACAUGACUGGCAGCUGUGCCCUACCCUCAGGUAUCUCUCUGGAGGGGCAAGUCUGCCUCCACCUGACCUCCUUUUUUCCUGGCUGUCACCAAAGAGACCAUCCCCAGGACCCACAGACCCAUAAAAUCCAUGUUACAUGCUAUGGAAGCAAGCCACCCCACUUCCUAUUGGCACUAAGGCAACCAGCCCAGCUUCUGUCACCUAGAGUCACAUGGCCCUUCCCUCAUCAGUCACACCCAUGGAGAUAGUGCCUCCUCCUCUAGCUGUAACCAUGGAUACCACACAUUCUCCAUCUCACUGUCCUCCACCCCAGAGACCUACAACUCCACUUCUGUUGUCCCCAUCCUGACCAACAGCCAUGGAAACCAGCCUCCCACUAACUGUCCAGACAGUGAGCCAACAUUUAGUUCUACAGCUCUCACCAUGGAAAUGGGCUGCCCUUUCCCCAGGCCCACCCCAGCUCCUUGCUGCCCUCCAAGCUCCGCAGCUGUUGCCAUGGAGACCAAAGUGCAGUCUGAGGUAGCAGAACACCUGUCUCCCUAGGCUUUUCCUUGUCAGCAGGGCCCCACCCAUCCAGCUGUCACUAUAGAGGAUGUUAAUAUCAUCCCCAUGACAACCGACCCCUGACCCCCAGCUCUCAGGAACUAAUCACCAUGGUAGGAACUGCACCCCAUAGGUCUUAAUAGCUGCCCCUUCACCAGGGGGACUCAGCCCCAAGCAGCACCCCCUGAUAGGGCUGGACUUCUGGAGCUGCUGAACACCCUACGUUUGCACGCUACCUAUACCCCAGACAGCAGCUGUGCACGCACACCCUUUCGAUACCUAGGUGUUUUCAUUGCCUCUGUACGGAUGAGCAAACUGAGGCAAUGAAAGGGCAUGCCUUGGCCCUUUGAGCUGUGCAAGCACUGGGUUUCCCUUUUCUUCUCUGAGACCCCAUCCCCAUUCUCACCUAGCUCUUCUCUCCUUCCCUACUUACUCCCUUACCCCACUUCCCUCCUUAGAGAUCCAGGAGAGAUGGAAUGUUCCUAAACCUCAAAAGCCACUCUGAGCUCCAGAUUUUAAGGGCAGAUUCUUGCUAAGAAGUCAGGACCCAGCCAAACUCCCCAGUGUGGAAAGCCACCCAUCCUUGGGAAAUCUCAGUUCUAAGGUCUUUCCUAGAGUAGCACUUGGUAGUCUCCUGGAGCCCUCUCUACUGUCCCAUCCAUCUUAAGGAAAUCCAUCUGUGGGCUGGGAAUCAGGUUGGCUUGGUUCUAAUCCUGCCCAUGACCAAGUGACAGAACCCCUGAGCCUAUUUCCUCCUCUGUACCAGGGCUGUUUGUUCUGAGGUCCCAGUGAAUGCAAAGCAUACAGCAGGGGCUCAAUAAAUUUUUUUCAAUGAAUAAGUAAAAGAGGCAGCCAGUGAGUAAUUGCUUCAAAAUGCAUUUUUGUGAACAAAAUGUUUCCCAAUAGGUGUACUUGCUGAUGACUCAGUCAGAAGUCUCCCCUCACUUCUCAAGACCACAUUCCACUCACUCUCUUCUUCCCCCAGGCGCCCCCCGCCCCCGCCCCCCCCACUCUCCUUUGAGCUACCCUCUAUGGGUCUGGCUCUUUCAGCUUGUCCUGAUUGGUUCCUCUCAAUACCCAGGAACAAAGUGUAUGAAACUGGAUGGGGAAUUUCUUCUCCAGGAAGGCAGAGAAGUUGCAGAUUUUCCUGGGGUAUAGGAGUGGUGUGGGGAGGGCAGUGUGGACUCAUGAGUACUGAAAUUUCUGGGAUACAAACAAAGGGAGAAGAGAAAAAAGUGUAAGGGUCUGAUUUGGUUGGAGAAAUGGGAUGGUCAAUGUAACUGCUCAUCUUUCAAUACCAGACUCGAUGAAGCUUCCACAAGCAAACGGUUCCUCUGAAUUGCAGUGUCCAGCUCCUUGGUUAAAUUGCCUUGUACUCCAGCUGAGCCUUAGCUUCCCCUAUAGGAGACUGGUGAGGGGCAUGUUUCCAGAGAUGCACGUAUGGGAUUUCUUUCAUCCUGCCUUUUCCCUGCUGGCCUCCUUCAUUCCUUCCACUAUUCCAGCUCCUUGGUUUCCCCUGAGUAUGUAACUUUAACUGCUCUCAUUCUAUGAGAUAUGGAAAGGCUGACUCCAGCCCCCUUCCAGCUCUGCCACUGAGUGAUGUGGUCCAUCUCCCUGGGCAGCCUUGAUUGGUCCGAGGGUGAACAUGCACACAUGCAGACCAAUAAGAUGCAGUCCCUAGGAUUUUGGUGGAUGAUUGGGCAGAGGGAACCUUCCUUCUGCUGGGAUCAUUGCACUGUUGGAGUGGAUGUCUCCAGGGUCCACCAACAGAGCAGCUAAGGGAUGGCAACUACGAUAAAACCUUUCCUGAAGCUAGGUAUUCAGAAAAACAUCUGUCUGUCUGUCUGUCUGUCUCUCUCUCUCUCUCUCCUGUCCUCUACCACCCAGCUUACUUCCCAUAGACAUAUAAAGAUUCUUACCUGUUCUUCCAGAGAUGUUUUAUGUUUGGUCAAGCAAACAUGCAUAUAUGUUUCUUUCCCCCACUUUCACACAAAGGAUAGUGGGUAACAUAUACUUGCUUAUAUUGUAAGAUUUAUUGACCAUAAGCUUUACCAUUGUAAAUGUUUUAAAGUGUUCCAUUCAAUGGUAUUUAGCACAUUUACAACAUUGUGCAACCAUCUAGUUCCAAGCCAUUUUCAUCACCCAAACAGAAAACCCCGCCCCCAUUAAGCAAUUGCUCCCCAUUCUUUCCUCCCAUCCUGGCCUGGAAAAUGCUAAUCUACUUUCUGCAUCUGUGGAUUUGCCUAUUCUUGAUAAUUCAUAUAAAUUGGAAUCAUACAAUAUAUAUGUCCUUUUGUAUCUGGCUUCU